CACACGCCCGCAGAGCAGCACCUCCUGGCCAGCGGGCCCCACGCACACAGCACCCUCCCAACCCUAGCAUCCCCAUUAACCCGCUCCUGACCCUCUCUCAUGACCAGCUGAAGAAAGGACAGCAAAUCCCUUGGCCCCAAAAUGACAUCUGGAGACUCAAAGACAAGCCUCAAGAAUGCCUACCCGCCUGCCAAGGGACCGUCCCUGCGGGCACAGGAGGUGGAGGCCGAGGACUACUGCACACCCGGCGCCUUCGAACUAGAGCGGCUCUUCUGGAAGGGGAGCCCCCAGUACACCCACGUCAACGAGGUCUGGCCCCGGCUCCACAUCGGCGAUGAGGCGACGGCUCUGGAUCGCUAUGGGCUGCAGAAAGCGGGCUUCACGCACGUGCUCAACGCCGCCCACGGCCGCUGGAACGUGGACACCGGGCCUGACUACUACCGCGACAUGGACAUCGAAUACUACGGCGUCGAGGCGGACGACGUCCCCACCUUCGACCUCAGCGUCUUCUUCCAAUCCGCAGCAGCCUUCAUAGACGCCGCGCUCCGGGAUGACCACAGCAAGAUCCUGGUUCACUGUGCCAUGGGCCGCAGCCGCUCGGCAACCCUGGUGCUGGCCUACCUGAUGAUCCACAGGAGCAUGACCCUGGUGGCCGCCAUCCAGCAAGUGGCGAGGAACCGCUGCGUCCUGCCCAACCGGGGCUUCCUGAAGCAGCUGCGAGAACUGGACAAGCAGCUUGUGCAGCAGAGGCGGCAGGCCCGGGACAGGGACGGUGAGGAAGAGCUGUAGGGCACAGACUCUGGAUGGAGAACGACAGCUGAGAAGGGUGCUGGCCUGUGACUUCGUGGGUCACAGAGAAGGGGCAGUGAAACCACAGGUUGAUUUCUUCAGGCUUACUAAACUUCCCAGCGUGUGCCAGGGCCAAGGAGGACUCAGAGCCGCCUCCCGGCGGAGUCCAGCACUCUGGCACACCACCGUGGGUAGGACGGACCACUCAGUGGAACUGGUUGCAAGUGGCUCCCCUCUGCCUGUGUUUUAAGAGGGAGGCAGAGAAGGAUUUGAAAAUGUGUGGGCAUUGUGUUGUGAUUAAAUGUUUGCCUUU